CUUCUCCACCAUAUCCCCGAAAAUCUUCAGUGUAACCUCCACAGGAAACCGGUCCGAGGUUCACCGUCCACAGGCAAAACUGGCGUCGAAUACACAGCCGACAUCGAAUCGUACGACACUUGGCCGCCGUAAGGCAAUUUCUGACGACAAUUUUCCCGUCGUUGAGCCGAUAUUGAAGAAAAUUCGUCCACCUCGUCCACAGGUUAUGUACUCACUGAAGCCAAAAGUUGUGGAAUUUGACAAAGUAUGGGUGCAGUUGAGACCAUCUAUCAUUGAUAUCAUCAAUUUGCGGCCGAUCACCAAUGUUCAGUGGCAUCACAAGUUUAGUGACGUCUACGACAUUUGUGUAUCGAUACCGACUCCAUUGAGCGAGCGAUUGUAUAAUGAGGUGAAGGCUUGCAUUCAAGAGCAUGUUCGACAAAAGCGUCAAGAUAUCGUCGAUGUUGAUCCGGAUCUGUUGCUUCAGGAAUAUCACAAAAUGUGGAGAGUUUUCCAUGAGGGAGCCAUCUUUAUUCACCGUCUCUUUGGAUACCUGAACAAACAAUUCGUAAAACAGAAGCGAUGCACCGAUUUGGACAAUUUCGCGCAGUACGCCGCUUUUCUGCAGAUUCCAGACGUCAAGGAGAUCGGAUGUCUCGCACUAGAAAUCUGGAAAGAAGACCUCGUGAAGACCAUUCUCCCGCAGCUCGUCAAACUUCUGCUCAUCGCGAUUGACAAUGAUCGGAAAGGAAACUUCCCGCAUAUCGCCAAUGAAGUCUCCGGCGUCAUUAACAGCUUCGUUAAGAUGGAGGAGACGGAUUUCGACGUUGUACCGGCAGAAGGAGCACGCUAUAAGGCUCGCGAGUCGACAACGGCGUUCUAUCAGGAGAGCUUUGAGAAACCGCUUCUUACGGAUACGGAACAGUACUAUUCGGCGCUCGCACAAAAAAUGCUCACCGACCUCAGCUGCAGUGAGUACAUGGAACAGGUUAUAGUGCUCCUCGAACAAGAAGAGAUGCGUGCGAAGAAGUAUCUCCACGAAUCGUCGGUGGAGAAAGUUAUCACGUUGUGCCAGAAAGUUAUGAUAAAAGCUCACAAGGAUAAACUUCACGCAGUGUGCCAUGAUCUCAUUACUAAUGAGGAGAACAAGGACCUCCGCAACAUGUACAGACUGUUGAAGCCCAUUCAAGCGGGACUCUCGGUAAUGGUUAAGGAGUUCGAGGAAUAUGUGAAGAAGAAGGGGCUCGAGGCGGUGUCGAGGCUCACCGGCGAGAAUGUACCCCAGCAAUUUGUGGAGAAUGUGUUACGGGUGUAUAACAAGUUCAAUGAUAUGAAGACUGCUGUGUUCAUGGACGAUGGCGAGUUCUCUAGUGGACUCGACAAGGCGUUGCAGGGAGUCGUGAACUCGAAGGAGCCAGGACAGUCGGUGCCGAAGGCCAGUGAGCGGUUGGCGAGAUAUACGGAUGGGUUGCUCAAAAAGUCCACGAAAGGACUAUCGGAGACGGAUUUGGAGGCGAAACUCGACAGUGCAAUUGUGAUUUUCCGCUAUAUAGAGGAUAAGGAUAUAUUCCAGAAGUUCUACUCGAAAAUGCUCGCAAAUCGGCUUAUAGCAAGCACAUCGAUAUCGAUGGACGCCGAGGAGCUGAUGAUUAACAAGUUGAAACAGGCGUGUGGUUAUGAAUUCACCAGUAAACUGUCACGAAUGUUCACCGAUAUCGGGCUUAGCCAGGAGCUAUCGAACAACUUUGAUAAGCACAUUGCGGACAUUAAAACUGUGCAGCCCGACGUGAAGUUUGUGCCGACACAGACGAUGAUUCUGCAGGCAGGUAGCUGGCCGCUCAACGCUCCACAGCUCUCUACGAAUUCGAAUAAUCAGACCGCACAAGACGUGGCCAACUUCCAUCUGCCACGUAUCCUGCAGCCUGUGAUUCAGGAGUUUGAGAAGUUCUACACUGGGAAGCACAACGGGCGAAAACUGACAUGGCUUUUCAAUAUGUCACAGGGAGAUGUCAGGCUUACAUACCUCGAUAAGCAGUAUGUCGCACAGAUGUAUGUCUAUCAGAUGGCAGCGCUGCUUUGCUUUGAACGUCGCGAUGCUAUCCUCGUUAAGGACAUCGGAGAGGAGAUUGGUGUGAGCGGUGACUAUCUGCUAAAGACGAUUCGAACGAUUUUGGACGUUACCCUGCUGACGUGUGAUGAUCAGAAUCUAACGGCCGACUCGUUGGUUCGUCUGAACAUGUCGAUGACGUCGAAACGGAUGAAGUUCCGGCUUCAGGCGCCACAAGUGAAUAAGGCUGUCGAGAAGGAGCAGGAGGCCGUCGCGAAUACUGUUUCACAAGACCGAAAGUACUAUAUGGAGUGCGCAAUUGUCAGAAUUAUGAAGACCAGGAAGGUUCUGAAACACAAUGCACUUGUCACUGAGAUAAUGGACCAAACGAAAGGCCGCUUCUCGCCCGACGUACCAUUCAUCAAAAAGAGCAUUGAGGACCUUAUCGAGAAAAUGUAUAUUCAGCGAACCGAUCAAAAUGACGAGUAUCAAUAUUUGGCCUAAUUCUCUCCCCCUAUUUGCGUGUUUUUUCCCUGAGAGGCAAAAAACUAAAAUUUAAAAUUUACACUGUGUAAAUGACUCUGAAACAUGCCAUUCAAAAUCCCCACUAUAAUUUUAUUUUUCAAGAUUUUCUAACAAUGAUUGCUUUUUUUCCAAAUUGAACUGUACUGAAAGUAAAUCCCCUCGCCCCUCAUCUUACAUAUUUUAUAUCAUUUUUUGCUGGAGCUGCGCAACGGGGAAUCAUCAAACUGUUUAUUGGAAUACCUAUUUUUAUACUUUUGGAGCCCUCAAAAACUGAAAAUCGCGGGAAAUUCUCUGUUACUCCCGACAAACGGCUAUUUGCCUAUAAAACCAACCAGUCCGUAGCCUCUCCUUGAAAAUGUAUAUGUACUAUAUUUGUCUUUUUUUUGUGUUCUAUCCUCCCUCCUCAAGCAACUAUUUUUUCUCCGGAAUCUCUAUGAUUACGAUAAAGUAGACAAUUAUCC